AUGGCAAUAAAAGUUUUAUCAGCACUCGAUGCAGCAAAAACACAAUUUUACCACUUCAAAGCAAUCAUAAUCGCGGGAAUGGGCCUAUUUACGGAUAGUUAUGAUUUAUUUUGUAUCCCCGUAGUCAUGAGAAUGCUUGGAAGAAUUUAUUACCCCGAAAUCCAUCGAACCAUUGACCAAAGAAAAUGGUUUGAGGUCCCAUCCGUCAUUGCAUCAACUAUGAUUGGUGUUGCAUUAAUGGGGACGGUGAUCGGGCAGCUAGUUUUCGGGCGGCUUGGUGACCUUGUCGGGCGGCGCCACGUGUAUGGUGUUUCGUUAAUAAUGAUGGUGGUGGGGUCCAUUGGGUGUGGUUUCUCGUUUUCAGUUUUGACUCCAAUGGUGUUUGUUAGUCUUGGAUUUUUUCGGUUUUUGCUUGGGGUGGGAAUUGGGGGGGAUUAUCCGUUAUUUGCCACGAUUAUGUCGGAGUUUGCUAAUAAGAGGACACGUGGAACGUUUAUUGCAGGUGUGUUUUCUAUGCAAGGGUUUGGGAUACUGUUGAGUUCGCUUGUUACAAUGAUCGUCUGCUACAUUUUUAGAGGUUUUAGUGAUAAUUUAAGAACGGUUUCGAAACUCCCGGAGUCAGAGACAACUGCACCGGUGCCGCCAGAAUCUGACUUGGCAUGGCGGAUUAUUCUUGUGGUCGGUGCGAUUCCGGCAGCAAUGACUUAUCAUUGGCGGAUGAAGAUGCCAGAAACCGCCAGAUUCACAGCUUUGGUGGAGAAAAAUACUUUAAAAGCUUCAAAAGACAUGGAAAAAGUGAUGAAUAAUGUAUCACUAAGCCAAAUCCGGGAAGAUAUCGAGACAAUGAACACACCGAACACACGUGCAGCUUUAUCAAACACCUACCCAUUAUUCUCUCAAGAAUUUUUCCGGCGACAUGGCCGUGAUCUCAUCUCCGCCGCCGUUAACUGGUUUUUGGUCGAUAUCGUCUUUUACAGUCUAAAUCUAUUCCAAUAUCAUGCAUUUAAACUUAAAAUGAUUCCAAAAAGUCACAUGAAUAUAUACGAUGAUGCACUACAAAUUGCAAAAUUCCAAGCAAUCGUUGCCAUUUCUGCCACGAUUCCCGGCUACUUUCUGGCGGUUUACAUGAUUGAUUAUGUUGGGAGAGUCAAGAUUCAAGCAACCGGAUUCUUUUUCAUGGCAGUAAGUUUGUUUACAAUUGCUUUCGUUAACAAAAGCAAUUGGGGAUCCGAACCCGAAGAUUCAAGUAUUGGGUUUAUGAUACUUUAUGGGCUUACAUUCUUUUUUGCUAAUUUUGGGCCGAACACCACCACAUUUAUAGUUCCAGCAGAGCUUUUUCCGGCGAGGUUCCGGGCAACGUGUCAUGGGGUUUCCGAUGCUGCUGGGAAAGUUGGGGCGAUAAUCGGGUCGGUUGGGUUUUUAUGGGCCUGUCGUGACCCACCAAAUGGGCUUGGGGUGUCGCAUACUUUGAGGGUAAUGGGUUUAGUCUGUGUUUUGGGGUUUUUUGUGACGUAUUUUUUUACGCGAGAGACGAUGGUCCGGCCUUUGGAGGAGAAUGAGAAUGUUGAUGAGUUUACUGGUGUUUGUUUUAUUAGAUUUUGGCCCCAUAAAGUUUGGGUCAAAAGAUUUGAUGAAACAAUUGUGAAUGAUCGUGUACAUCUGUCUUUAUCAAAUGCAUUGUAG